AUGCAGUACAGACUUAUCCUCGCCGCCUCCAUGGCCAUCGCUGUCAACGCCAGCCCUGCCCCCAUGCCCACCAAGGCCCCUUCCAUCCUCAAGGCUCGUGCUCCCGCCGCCGCCGGUAGCAGUGUCCUCAGCGCCCCCAUGACCAUCGCUGCCGGCGAGACCUUCGACGGUGGCAACGUCAUGUACGACCGUGGUGUCAAGUGCACUGGUCAGGUCGAGGGUGGUGACUCCGACGCCGUCUUCAUCCUCGAGAAGGGCGCUUCCCUCUCCAACGUCAUCAUCGGCCCCAACCAGAUCGAGGGUGUCCACUGCAACGGUGGCUGCACCAUCACCAACGUCUGGUGGGACGCCGUCUGCGAGGACGCCUUCUCCAUCAAGAAGCAGGACGACGGCGAGACCACCACCAUCAACGGCGGAGGUGCCACCGGCGCCGAGGACAAGGUCAUCCAGCACAACGGUGGCGGCACCGUCGCCAUCAACAACUUCGAGGUCUCCGACUUUGGCAAGAUGUACCGCAGCUGCGGCAACUGCAAGUCCAUGCCUGCCCGCCACGUCAUCGUCACCGGCGGCUCUGCCUCCAACGGCAAGGUCCUCGUCGGCAUCAACUCCAACAUGGGCGACACCGCCAGCAUCUCCGGCGUCUCCAUGACCAGCGUCGGUGACGAGUGCAUCGACUACGAGGGUGUGACUGACGGUAGCGAGCCUUCCAAGGUCGGCCCUUGCUCCGGCACUGGCGGCGGCUCCGGCGGCUCUACCGGUACCACCUCUGCUGCCGGCAGCACCAAGACGUCCACCCCCGCCGCCGGCACCAAGACGAGCUCUGCUGGCUCCACCAAGACCACCAAGAGCUCUACUAAGACGACCAAGUCUUCCACCAAGACCAAGACGACCAAGAAGGCCACCAAGACCUCGUCCUCCAGCGCCAAGGCCACCAAGGCUUAG